GAGUCGGGCGCCGCGGUGCUCCAGCCGGCGCAUUACAAGUGUGACUCCGCCUGCACGGUGUCGGCGCGGCGUCCGGCCGCGGUGCGCGGGCUCUCCCGGCCUCGUGUCGUGCGAGCGGCCGCCGGUACCGGAGGGACGGCUCCACCGUCCGAGCCCCCCCCCCCGGCUCUCCGCCGCCUACUCUCGCUGCGGGCAGCCGAUGGCGGCCGCGGCCAUGGAGGGAAGCGCCAACUCCCGAGUGGGGAUCAGUUCGCAGGAGCUGCUGCAGGAGGUAAAGGCGUUCAUCAGCGGCACAGACCCAGUUCAAGGCCACAAGCUGACAGUGAAGGAGCAUGCCCGGUGUGGCAUCCUGCUCCUGCGUAACCUGCCGCCGGCCCGGUCCGCCGUGCUGGAGCACUUGAGGGGCGUCUUCGACGAGUCGGUGGGCAGCUACAUCCUGGAGCUGGAGCGGGAGGGGACGCCGGCGGGGCACCUGGGCAGCCCAGGGCUGGAUGACGUGACGCAGGAGAUACAGGCCGUGCUGUCUGAGUUCGUUCGCUCCAACCCCAAGGCCUGGGCCCCCCUGGUCUCCGGCUGGUCCAUCGACCUGAUGGGUCAGCUGAGCAGCAAGUACUCUGGCCGUCACCGGGUGCCUCACGCCAGCAGCCUCAACGAGCUGCUGCAGCUCUGGAUGUCCUGCAAGGCUACCCGGGCCCUGAUGGAGAUCUACGUGCAGUGCCUGUCCUCCAUGAUCAGCACCUGCCCCGAUGCCUGCGUCGACGCGCUCCUGGACACCUCCGUCCAACACUCACCGCACUUUGACUGGGUGGUGGCCCACAUCGGCUCCUCGUUCCCCAACACCAUCAUCAGCCGGGUCCUGUCCUGUGGCCUGAAGGACUUCUGCCUGCACGGGGGACCAUCCUCCGUAGACCCCCUCCUGCCCUCCUCCGCUGACCAGCGGGUGCCCAAGAUCGCCUCAGUGGUGGGCAUCCUGGGGCACCUGGCCACCAGGCACUCGGACAGCAUCAAGCAGGAGCUGCUGCUGAUGUUCCAUGAGAGCCUGGGCCCCGGAAGAGACCCCCAGCCCCAGCACCAGGAGGCCACCGUCCCCUUCCUCCUGCAGCUGGCCGCCAUGUCACCGGCCCUGCUGGGGGCUGUCUCGGCCGAGCUGGUGGACUCCCUCAAGCCCCCAGUGCUGGACCAGCUCCACCAGCGCUUCUCAGGCCUGGGCAGGGAGGAGGCGGACAACCUGCUGGGGCUGCUGGUCCACCUGGUGUGCCAGAGCGGGGCAGGCGCCCACCGGGUGCUGCGCUUCCUGCUGGAGACGGCCGCCCCGGCCUCCGUCAUCACCUCGCCGGGCCUGGCCGUGCGGGACAGCGUCCGUGAGGCCUGCCAGAGGGUGGUGCAGCUGUUGCUGCUGCACCUGCAGAGGCUGGUGUACGGCCGGGGCCCCGGGGGUCCGGGGGACCCCCAGGCCCGCUCCGUGCCCUUCCUGGAUGGGCUGAAGGGGCGGCUGCCUGAGCUGUGCCGCGAGGCCCUGAGGCCUGAGUGCAAGAGACACCCCUGGCAGCACCAGCUGCUGGGCCUGCUGGCCGUCUACUGUGGCCCCAGCUGGGCGGCCGAGGCCCUGUGCCAGCUGCUGGCGCUGGCCUCCUGCCCCGAGGAGCUGGCCCUGGCCGGGCAGCUCCACUCGGCCCUGUCCUCCUCCGUCCCAGGCCUGGUUCCAGCCACCGCCGGCCGCUGCGUGGCCCGCCUGCACUCAGCUGGGCCUCAGGCCCGCCGCCUGCUGCUCAACCUGGCCUCGCUGGUGAGAGGCGAGGGGGCCGCAGGCCUGGCCGAGGCCCUGUCGGCCCACGCCCCGCAGCUGGGCCGGCUGCUGCCCCACGGCGACGCCGGGCUGUCGGGGGGGGCGGCGCUGCUGCUGGCCGCACUGCCUCUGCCCCCGUCCCUGGGGCCAGCCCAGCUCUUGGGCCUGGUGAGGGCCGCCACCUCCCGCUUCUUCCUGGCCCUCAGGCGGGGCUGGGCCGACCAGGCCUCGGCGGGCGAGCUGCUGGCCCGCCUGGCCGCCUCCUCGCUGCCGGCCCUGCGCGCCGUCCUGCGCCAGCUGGUGGCCUCCGCCCUGCACCCUGGCAACGCCUCGCUCUUUGGCGGGAAGCCGGCCCGACCCGCGGCCUCCCCCUCCUCCUCCUCCUCCUCCGCCUCCUCCCCCGGUGACUCCCUGCUCGGCGUCAACCGCGAGUUCGGUGCAGCCGUUGGCUUCGGCGGCGUCUGGGCCGUCUUCCACGCCGGGGUGAUCGGCCGCGGCCUGAAGCCCCCACCGGGCCGGGGCCUUCUCCCCCAGGCUGAGGCCAGCGGCAACGCCUUCCGGCUGCUGGCGCUGGCUGUCCGCUGCAGUGGCGGCGAGGCGCCGGGGCACGUCAGCGCCGAGGCAGCCCAGGCCGUGGCCCUUGCCCUGGUCGAGGGCCUGUGCCCCGACGUGACGGCCAGCGAGCUGGCCUGGCCUCCCGAGGAACAGGCCCGCGGCACGGUGGAGAGGGACCUGCAGAUCCGCAACCGUUUCCAGGACAACCCGCUGCUCUUCAGCCUGCUGCGGCUGGUGGCGCUGGGGCCCCCGGCCCUCUGCUACUGCUCCGUGCUGCUGCGGGGCCUGCUGGCCACUCUGGUGUCCCACUGGGAGGCCUCCCGCCACCUCAGCACCACCUCCUCGCCCUGGCAGCUUCACGCCUCCUGUGAGCUGCUGGCCUGCAUGGCCGAGGGACAACUGCUGCCCCCCACGCUGGGCAGCAUGCACGAGAUCUUCCACCUCCUUACCCCCUUCGAGGUCCGCCUGCUCCUGCUCAGUGUCUGGGCCUACCUGAGGGCCAACGGGCCGCUGCCCCAGAAGUUCAGCUUCGACUCGGAGACGGGCCGCUUCUACCGGGACUUCUCCCGUGACGGGGACGUGGCCAAAUGCUUGGAGGUGCUGCACAGCGUCCUGCACAAGAACAUCGACCGCCUGGGUCACCUCUACGGCCACUUCCAGCUCUGACCACCCGUGUCCCACGUCCCGGGUCAGGUAGAGCAACAAAAAUGUGCCCCCCCUGGGGGCCCAAAGUUAGACCUGUUUCCUUCCCCCCCACAGUCCUGGGACGUAAACGAUCGUGUUAGGGGUAAUGGUCCUUGUUUAAUUUUGUGCCCUGGGUCUGCCCUGCAGCUGGGGGGUGAUGUGUUUGGGCCAGAGUGGUAUUGUGUGGAUGGGCUGCAGAAACACGGGAAUUGGAUUGACCUGCUGGGAGCCAGCAUUGGACAACAAUGGACUGAAUGGCCUCCAUCUCAGGCCCAAGUAGUUUCCCCUGUCCCACCAGUCAAACCGCAGUGAAUGACCACCUAUUGGCUGGGUUGCAGUUGUAGGCGAAACAUUAUUGCCCGCUCGGGGUUGGACGGGUCCCUGUUGCUGCCUCCCACACUGUGACCUGUGACACGUGCAGCGAUGGUGGGGUCGGGGGAGAUUCCUACCGUCAAAUACUCUUGGGCAUCAAGAGACUUGUGAAUAUUAACCUUUUCCUUUUGUAAAUUGUUGGACACAACGUUUCGAGAAACAUUGUGGAUUUGAAUAAAUAUUUGUGCGUUC